GCAUUGCUCUCACAAACAGAAUCAUUGUGCAUAAUGAUGAAAAUAACUGUGGUUAUAGUUAUCGUGCUAACAUUAAUUUUGGUAGAUAAAGGCGCGAAAGGGGAUCCAUCAAGAAGAAAUAAAAGAGGCUGGUUUUGGCGUUCCAGAUCUAGAACUUCGAAUUCUCAGUCAAUUAAACCAGUAGAUGCAUCGUGUACACGGAAAGGCCAAAAUGGUGACUGUGAAUUUUAUAGAUGCUUUGAAAAAAGAAGACAGUGUGGGUCAUCUGGUUAUCUAAUUGGUUACGGCUACAAGUACUGCGCCAGAUUUAGAAACCGAUACGACAGGUUCACAAGGGCUGGUAAAAAUUGGAUUGAUUGUGUAAGAUCAUGCUUGACAAGAAAACUGAUAGGAAAAUACCAGGAAAAUGUAGUCGGCCAAUGUGACGAAUUAAAAUCCUAUGCCUUUGACACCCACGUUAAUUGCUAUUUGAACUGUGGUUUUUGCAACAUGUAUACAUCAAAUUUAUUCGCUCUCAAUAGUGUGUACAAGUACUGGGACAUGCUGUCAGGAGAUGCAUAUAGACAAAUGAAAGCAGUUGCUGGCAGUUGUUUUGGUUAGCAUAGAUAUGCAUGAUAUACCAACAGUAACUAAAUAAGUAA